ACAGGAGCAGAGCAGAGAGGCUGAGCUGAGAGCACCAACAGAGGGGGAGAGCUGCAGAAGCUGCCAGAUGAGCCAUCCCUGACAGCUGCAGACCCGGCUCUAUGCUGGGCACCCGCAGCGCCAGGCAGCGCAUCCAUCUGGGCCGCUCCCUUCUCAUCAACUCCUCUUUACACUCCAUUUUUUUAUACAUCUUCCUACUUUUAUUUGUUUAAUAUUUUUAUAUAAGCAUUUCCAUUAUGGUGCUGGGCAAAGUUAAGGCCCUGGCGGUCUACUUUGACUGCCUGAACGAGAACAACCUGCCCGUGUUCUCCGGGGGAGACCUGGUCUCCGGCAGGGUGGUGGUGGAGGUGACCGGGGACGUGCGCGUCAAGAGGCUGGACAUCACCGCCCGGGGGGUCGCCAAAGUCCGCUGGACGGAGUCGAGAAACGCCGGAGCCAACACGGCUUACACCCAGAACUACACGGAGGAGGUGGAAUACCUGCAUCACUGCGACACCCUGAUCGGAGAGGAGAGAGACGAAGAUGCUCUGGAGGAGGGCAUGACUGUGCUGCACGCCGGCCUGCAUGAGUUUGCUUUCAGCUUCAACCUGCCUCAGAUGGCUCUGGCCACCUCCUUUGAGGGGAAGCAUGGCAAUGUGAGGUACUGGGUGAAGGCUGAGCUGCACCGCCACUGGCUGCUGCCUGUUAAAGUCAAGAAGGAGUUCAUUGUCUUCGAACACAUUGACAUCAACACGCCUCUCCUGCUGGCACCUCAGGCUGGAACAAAGGAGAAGACGCUGUGCUGCUGGUUCUGCGCCUCGGGUCCAAUUUCCCUCAGUGCCAAAAUAGAGCGAAAGGGGUACACACCAGGUGAGUCCAUUCAGAUCUUUGCCGAGGUGGAAAACUGUUCAUCUCGUGUCGUGGUGCCCAAAGCGGCGCUCUACCAGACACAGACCUUCUUUGCCAAGGGCAAGGGGAGGCAGAUCCAACAGUUGGUGUCCAACCUUCGGGGAGAGCCUCUCCAGCAAGGGAAGAGCCAAAGCUGGGAGGGCAAGCUGCUCAAGAUCCCCCCGGUGUCCCCCUCCAUACUGGACUGCCCCAUCAUCAGAGUGGAGUACGCCCUUGUGGUGUAUGUGGACAUUCCCGGCGGGUUGAACCUGUCCCUUUCGUUGCCUUUGGUCAUCGGCACCAUUCCGCUCCAUGCUUGCUCCACCCGCACCUCCAGCAUCAGCAGCAGUUGUAGCUCCGCGAGCUGGAUGGGUCUGCCAGAAAGACCUGAGGCUCCGCCAAGCUACAGCGAUCUGGCAAUAUCAGAGGCUCACAGGCGGAACUGCCUGCAGGGGAGUGAUAGGUCUGAUGGGGUGGGAGAGGACCAAGGAUCUAUGCUGACAUACAUCACAGAGUUCAGAUAUCUUCCCCCGCCACUCUACUCUGAGGUGGACCCUUACCCUGACACAGUGGAGGUCUGCACUACUGCAGAUGUCAGACGACCUGAUAUGUGUCCGUCCCGCUGAGAGGAUCCUCGAAAAAGUCUCCGCAAAUGAGACAGGAUCAAACUCACCCGGAAUUCCUGAAGGAUUUCCCAACAGUAUGUGUCACCGUAGAUGUGGCUGGACCCUACCUGACCUGAGGACAGCCAGCUGAUGGAGGAAGGCGGUGACCCACAGACCACAUGGAGCAUGAUUACGCUUCCUGUCAUCAAGACGAGGACACAAAGAGCGUCUUUUGGCAGCGCGCUGAGAAACUGUCCCUCUGCUGCUCAGAAGGCGUCUCCUCCUCCCUUAUGGAGAAGUUUGCUCAGCUGUUUCCCUCUCUGAACGCCACGGGUCGACAUGCUUCAGUAGACUUCAGAGUCUGUAGUACUCUCAGGGGCACAUAAAGAUGAACACUAUCUCCACUGACACCAUAGCUCUGGCCGGAAGGCGGAAACGAUCUCUUAUUUUAAGGCGAGGUGAAAUUCACAGAUUGUCCGACCCAAACCAGAAACAACGACUUACAGAAAUGUGUCGCAUCAACGACCAACUCAAGGGCUCUGAGCUCAGCUUGAGUUUGAAUGUUUGUGUGUGUGAAAGGGUUACAGGGUGUGUGUGUCGAUUUAAAUGUUAAGACAAAGCACAACAUGGACCAACCCAAACAGCGAACCACAUGUUGCCUGUUGGUUUCUGCUCUGAGAUGAGCUUGGUGUAGCUGCAGAUUCUUCCACGUCAGAUGGAUGUUA